UAACUGAAAAAUCAGUGGCAUGUAUUCUGCGAGACUCUGUGGAUGACAAAGCUAUCUCUAGUCUCUCUUCUCUGCUGAAGUUCUCUUUGUGAAAAAAAAAAAAGGUUCUCUUUGUUAAACUUUAACCCCUCUCUCUCUCACACACACACACAAAAGCGUAAGAAGAAAUGUUUGAUUGAUUGUAGAGAGAGAAACAAAACUAGGAAAAGCAUCCCCAGAUUAGAUUCAAUCUCUCUCUCUCCAAAUGGCAACAACAGGAGGGUCGAUUGCGGUCUCGAGCUUUCGGUCGUCUUCCUAUUUCAGCCAUAAAGUCAACGUCGCCUCCACAGUACACCCAAUGGUAUUCACAAGAAAACCCCUAUAUGGUCUGUAAAUUAGUGAAUUCACGCCGAAAAUUUGUCUGUUUCGCGGUGCAAGAAUCGUCAACAUCUACAGUUGCUGCUGAAACAAAGGAGGGGAAGGAGGCAAAGGCCACCAAGGAAGCCGCCCCGGCAAAGCCAAAGCCUGCUGCAAAAGCUCCAGCCAAGCCGCUACCUGAGAUGAUGGAGGAGGAUGUGAUUCCAUCAUUGAAAACAAUUCUCGAAACUCAAGAUGAUCUCUCUGAGAUUGAGCUAUCUUUUCAAGACAACAGGCUAGAAGGUUCCUUUCAAAAGAAGGGCAAUCCCUAUUCAUUUUGGGCCUUCUUCCCCAAUGGAGUUCUCACAGGUCCAAAAGGGUUUUCUUUGUCUUCCUACGGUUCGGGAGUGAGCACUGUGGAGCCCUUCCUCAUUGAUGAGAAGAGAAUUACAGCAAAACAUGUUGUGUUUUGGGUUGAGAAGCGUUUGGCAGCGCAAGGAAUAAUUCCGGUUUGGAAAGAAUGAUGACUUACAGAGUUUCCGUUUCGAUUCAAAUACAAUGUAUGAUCAUCACCCAUUGUAUCAAUUUUUUUGGUUUUGUUGAUGAUGAUAUAGAAUCCUUUGUAUUAAUAAGACACUGCAAUUGUUAAUAUCUAAUCACAUUUGUUAUAUAGUCAAAAAAUUCACAAUUGCUGAUCUAAUAUGAUAAUUUUGAA